AUGGCAUGUCCAGAGGGGAAAAAAGUUGCUUUUGGUACAUAUACUCUGGUGGAAGAAGCUGAGUAUUGGUGGGAGAAUACUCGCCAAUGCUUAGAGGUUGAAGGUCAAGUUGUGACCUGGGAUGUCUUCAAGAGGGUAUUUUUGGAGAAAUACUUUCCCGAGGAUGUUAGGAACAAGAAGGAGAUGGAGUUCUUGGAGCUCAAGCAGGGGAACAUGACUGUGGUUGAAUAUGCAGCCAAGUUUGAGGAGCUGGUGAGGUACUUUCCCCGUUAUCAAGGGAGAAAUGGUGAAAUUUCCAAAUAUGUGAAGUUUCUAAACGACUUGCAACCUGAAGUGAAGCAAGUUAUGAAUUACCAAGGUGUUCGUCAGUUCCCACUCUUGGUUAACAUGUGCCGGAUUUGGGAUGAAGACUCUCGCGACAGGGCGAGCUAUUAUAGGAGUACGGGCCCAAUGAAGAACAAAAAGAAUGGACCUCAACAUCGGGGAAAACCGUACUCAACCCCUACUAAGCAAUAUGGUAAAUGCCCCAACUAUCAGAGGACUGUUGCUAUGGGGUUUGUGGGUGAUAGUGGUAGCAAACCCAAUACUUUCCCCACUCAGAUCACUUGUUACAAAUGUGGUAAGCCAGGGCACAUCUCCUCAAAUUGUGCUGAUAAAGGCAUAACCUAUUUUAAUUGUAGACAAAGGGGGCAUAUUCAGAGAGAUUGUCCAUAUCCCAAGAAGGAGCAUAAUGGUGGGGGCCUGAAUGACCAAACUGGACAUCCGAAGGCCAUGAGAAGAGUCUUUACCCUUAACAGUGCCGAAGCUUCAAAAUCCAAAGAUCUAAUCCAAGAGUUUCCUGAAGUGUUCCCUGAGGAUAUGUCCGGUCUACCACCCGAGAGAGAGAUAGAGUUUUCCAUAGACCUGGUACCUGGUACCUGGUGCUGGACCAUAUCCAUAGCCCCUUAUAUGAUGUCUCCUAUAGAGUUAGCCGAGCUUAAGAAAUAG